AUUGGAAAGAGGGAAAUCAUGGAUCCUGAGGAAGGUGGAAUAGGUGGGGAGAGCAGAAUAAAGAGAGAGUGAUGAAGGAGGUCAUACUGCUACCUUUACAUUUUUAAUAGCAUGGCCACCAAAAGACACAAUUUGAAGAAGACAUAUCUCAAAAGUGGAUUGAAGCUAAUUCUAUGAAUGUUAGAACUUUGAGGAAAUCACUGUUUGUAGUGAUACGUUUGAUAAAAUACCACCAUUACUUUACUUCCUGAGAAUUUGAAUGAAAAAAAAAGUGUAAAACUACUUCAAAAGAUAGUAAAGAUUAAGAGUUUUCCUAAUUUCUGAAGCAAUAUCUUGUCACAUUAAGACUUAACUGUUUUCACUUUAUUCCCUUUGUUUUCCUUUCUGCGUAAAUCAAUCUGACAUACAUGAGAUGAGGCAGGGCCGCCCACAUCCAAUCACAUCACACCUUUUACAGGAUCACUCUCUAUAAUAACCAUGUGUUGCUCCCAGUUCAGAGAAAUUUCCAAACAGUAUGAGUCUCCUCUUUUCACUCAUGCUUUACUCUGUCCAUGUCCUCUUUUCAACACAAUCACCAGUUUCCAGCUUCAUGCCUCGAGCUACUUCCGCGGCUGAAGGGUGCACUCUGAGAAACAGCUUUGAGCCAGGCUUUGUGGCCAGUGGGGACUUUGUUCUUGGAGGGAUUUUUCCUCUUCAUUAUAACCAGGAAAUGCCUGACCUUAACUGCACCUAUAAACCACCACCAGUCAAGUGCAAUGGAUUUGAUCCCAGGGCUUUCCGCUGGGCUCAGACUAUGAGGUUGGCAGUGGAUGAGAUAAACCAGAGCCCAGAACUGUUGCCCAAUCACACUCUGGGAUAUAAAAUCUUCGAUUCCUGUGCGUAUCCUCUGACUGGCCAGAGAGCUGCUCUGGCUGUACUGAAUGGGCCAAAUGAGGAGGAUUCUCCCAUGUGCAGUGUGUCUUCUCCGCUCCUUUCCAUAAUUGGAGAAUCAGGCUCUGCUCAGUCCAUUGUUGUUUCAAGAAUCCUUCAGCCUUUCAGAAUCCCAAUGAUCAGCUACUUUUCAUCAUGCGCCUGUUUAACUGACAGAAAUAAUUAUCCCACAUUUUUCCGAGUAAUUCCUAACGAUGAUUAUCAGGUAAAAGCUAUUGCUCAGCUGCUGGUGCACUUCAAGUGGAACUGGAUAGGACUCAUUCGAGGGGACCAUGAAUACGGUCGAUUUGCAGUGCAAGGUUUACUGAGAGAAUUACAGGGUAGCAGUGUAUGCGUGGCCUACCAAGAAAUGAUUCCCCUGCUCUACAAUUCCAAAAAGGCAUUGGAGAUCAUGCAGGUGAUGCAAAGCUCUUCAGCAAAAGUAGUGGUGGUAUUUUCAGCUGAAGGAGAAAUGACACCAUUCUUGAAAGACUACAUGACACAGAACAUCACUGGAAUCCAGUGGGUGGCAAGUGAGGCCUGGAUUACAGCAUCUGUCUUUACAAAAAGUGGAUUUUACCCGUACCUGGGUGGUACCAUUGGGUUUGGAAUAAAAAAAGGUUAUAUUGCCCAACUUGGCGACUACCUCCUGACAGUCAACCCUCAAAAAUAUCCCAAUAACACUCUAGUGCAGGAGCUGUGGGAAGCUCUCUACGGCUGCAAUCCCUUUCCAUCGUCUUCUUCCCAGUUUGCACCCUGCUCGAGGAAAGAAGCGCUGUUGGAGCAGCAUUCUGCCUACAUGAACACAUCCAGCCCUAGGGUGGCCUAUAAUGUCUACAAGGCUGUUUAUGCUAUUGCUAAUUCACUUCACAACCUUCUUCUUUGCCAACCAGGCAAUGGGCCUUUUGAGAACAACUCGUGUGCUCAAAGCGACAAAAUACUCCCCUGGCAGCUCCAGCAUUACAUCCAGGAUGUAAAAUUCAAAAUUGCUGGGGAGAUGGUAAACUUUGACUUGCAGGGUGACUCCGUACCAUACUAUGAUAUAAUCAACUGGCAGAGAGGUACAAGUGGCAACAUUGAGUUUGUCAACGUGGGGUUGUUCGAUGGAACUAAACCCGCUGGAGAGGAGCUGGUGAUCCAGGAGGACAGAAUAAUGUGGGCAGGUCAUCGGAGUGAGGUGCCAGUGUCUUUAUGCAGUCCCAGCUGUCCUCCAGGGUCCAGGAAAGCUGUCCGUCGUGGGGAGCCUGUCUGCUGCUUUGACUGUUUACUAUGUGACAGCGGCAAAAUCAGUAAUCAGACAAACUCCAUAGAAUGUCAGUUUUGUCCUGAGAACUUCUGGUCAAACCACGACAGAACUGCCUGCAUUCCCAAGCAGGUGGAGUUCCUGACCUAUGACUCCUUGGGUAUUUCCCUGACUGUGAUCUCUGUCAUGGGCGCCUGCCUCACUAUAGGCGUUUUUGCCGUGUUCUUUCACCACAGGAACACGGCAGUUGUCCGUGUGAAUAAUUCAGAACUGAGCUUCUUUAUACUGUUUGCCUUGACUAUGUGUUUCCUGUGUUCGCUUGUUUUUGUUGGCGAGCCAACAUCUUGGUCCUGUAUGCUCCGUCACACCGCCUUCAGCAUCACAUUUUCACUUUGCAUCUCCUGCAUUCUCGGAAAGACUCUGGUGGUACUGGCCGCCUUCACAGCCACCAGGCCAGGGGACAAUAUCAUGAAGUGGUUCGGACCCAAGCAGCAGCGAGCUAUAAUCUUUAACUGCACUCUGGUUCAGGUUGUCAUCUGUGCAGCCUGGCUCAUCGAUGCUCCCCCUUAUCCGUCUCGAAACACUAAAUAUGAACGUUCAAAGAUUAUACUUGAGUGCAGUGUUGGAUCUAGCCUUGCAUUUUGGUUGGUUUUAGCAUACAUUGGACUGCAGGCUUGUCUUUGCUUUAUUCUUGCGUUUCUGGCUCGUAAGUUGCCUGGCAACUUCAACGAGGCUAAGUUUAUCACUUUUAGCAUGUUGAUCUUUAGUGCUGUGUGGCUAGCCUUUAUCCCUGCUUACAUAAGUUCUCCUGGAAAAUAUGCAGAUGCAGUGGAGUCAUUUGCCAUUUUGGCUUCCAGCUUUGGAUUGUUGUUCUGUUUGUUUGCACCAAAGUGUUACAUUAUAUUACUCAAACCUGAAAAAAAUACUAAACAGCACCUACUGGGAAAAGAAAAGAAGUAAUACUUGUCAUUCAUUCAUCGUACAACAUUUUUAUUUAAUGUUUGUUUUGUGUGUGUUUCUGCUUGCCAAUAAUACAAUAAAUAUGGGUGGUUACUAAAUUAUUGUCAAUUCACUGUAAUUUCUAAACAUGUAGAAGUUUAGUAGAAAAUGUUCCCACUUAGUCGAAAGCCUCCUUUCUACCGGACAUAAACAUGUUGUGAAACAGCUUCAAAAUAUACUUUUGGACACGUACACGAAGCAAAGGGAUGCAAUUAUUACAUUUUGAGUCUAUUUUUUAUGAGUUAUGCUUCCAAAACAUGUCAAACUCUGCAGUUUAUUAAACUUGCACUGCAAGACGAGUUCUCGCGAGAUUUGGAGUUUUCCAAACUCAGGAGAAUCCACCUUGUACCGCUCCAGUUCAAACCGUCCGACCUCCAGUCCAAAAUAGAGUGAUCCAAUCGUGCGUCAGCACUGUGCUGUAGGGUGGGAGUUAGUUUUGAAGAUAGUAUUAAGCCCCCGGCUAAGCAAAACAAAUAUGGCCGUGCCGGUUGACGCUCGUGUAGAAGUGGCUAUUGAUUCACAUGUAGAGGAAUUAAAACACCCUUUACGCGCAUAUUUUUCAAGCAAAAACCAGCAGACAUCACCUGAAGACAUUACAUGAUUGACAAGUGAGUGAAUGAAUGAAGCUUGAGCAAGUUGGUGUUUUCCAGACGCACUUGGUGUACGUCAUUUGAGUUGUUACUGUGAUUGGCUAAAGACAAAAUAUGGGAGCCAGUGCCAGCUGGGCACUACCUUGCGUGUCCUCCAAUCAGCUCAAAAUAUUCUACCAGAUAGCCCUCGCUAUUUCAGACGGUUUCUGCUGCAGAGAUUCCAGAUCCAAAUUUGUAGAAUCGACACGGGGCGGGGCUUCACAUAAAGAUCUGGAUGCUGCCAGGUUAGCAGUUUAUAUCAGGAUAGACAGGAAGUCAAACAUGACAAACUGUUCAGAAACUUUCAAAAUAAAAGUCACUUGCAGAUAAAAGGAUGUCAUUUCCAGUGAAACUCACGUAGCCGAUGUAAACAGAACAGAAAAUAAACAGCUGAUCUUUUUGGAUACAUGCAGCUGUCUUUCUCCUUGCUUGUUAUUGUGUGGACUUCUGAAAUCAAGUGGUGUUGCUAUUCUUCUGUGAUUUUGUGACUUUGCGAGACCAGAGGCGUGGAAUGCUUUUGCUCCCAUUCUGCAUCUGAAACACUCACGGUUGGAGGGAGCUUGUGGGUAAAACGCUGCUGUUAAGUUACACGCUGUUUUCAGUUUGUUACAAAAUUUGAGAAAGUAUUUGAUGAUUUUAAAAUUAAAAAUGUAAGAAAAAAACUAUUUAUGAGACCCACACCAUUAUUGGAUUUUUAUUUUUUUAUUUAAUGCAAAUUAAUUGUUACAAAUGCCUAAAAAAAACAACAAUCAUUUCAAAUGCAAGAUGUGUAGCAGUCAAAACAUUCACCAAAUGUCGAAAUGAGGUAAUUCUGACUAAGUAAAUGUUUAUUUUUGGUCCAUGUAAUGGGAUAACUCAUAACUCUAAACUACAACUGUGUCCAUGGCCAGACUUCAAGGAGUAAACUGCCC